AUUUUAUUGGUUGAAUUUAUUUUCUCGAACCAAUCAUCGCCGAGUAAAUCGGUUGUUCGACUAAUAGCUUUCGUCUAUCUUUAUAACAUUAUAUCAUAGUUGAUGUUUGUUUGACGAAGUAUUUGAAGUGUUUAAAAAUGGAUUCUUAUCAUUUUAACGACAAAAACAAUGACUGCAAUUACAGGUCGAAAGAUUUGGAUAAUAAAAGUCAUAGUUUAGCAGAUAAACAUUUGAAGAAACGUGAUCAGCACAGUAGCAGGAAUUUACCAGGUUUGCCAUCGUUGGGGGUUAAGCCUAAUCGUACCAGUCAAAAUUAUUCUCUGUUCAGAUCGAAUUCCGUCUCGAACUGGAAUACGAAUACGUGCGAAACUAACGAAAUAUCUCCUUCUUACGACGACGAAAUGGUUUCGGACGCUUACGCUUUUAUUUCGGAUCACGGAAGAGAAUCGGAACAAUUAAAAAAUAUUCAGACCGAGCAAGAAAAACCAAAACUCGUGCAUAAAGGAAAUCGCGAAGAGAGAAAAACAGCACAUUCUGAAUAUAAAAGAGAGAAUACGUGGAUGACAGGUCACUCUCAUGUGAAGCAUAAGGAGCAAUCUGAACUUAAUUUACAUAGAAGUAAGACUAAAAAGCAUCACCAUCACCAUGGAAAGAAAAAGAAAAAACACAAAGAGAAAGAUGAUUAUAAUUUAUUAUCAGGUACCACUAAAAAUGAUCAUUGUAUUAAAUCAAAGAAACAUAAACAUAAAUGUGAAAAGAAAACAAUAAUGCAUAAAACUUUUAGUGAAAAAUCUCAUGUUUCAGACUGUAGUUAUUUAAUAAAAGAGAAGAGCCACAUUACUGUUUCCAGUUCUAAUUUACACAGCUGUGAUAAUAAUCAUUCCAUCCAUGCAAAUGAUUCAGUUUAUCUUAAAGAACAAAAAGAAGAUACUCUGCUUGAAAAUGAUCUUAUAGCACCAAUAGUUGCCAGCAUUUCUGAGAACAAAGAACAGUGCUUUCUUAAAUAUGAUACUGAAAAUAGAAAUUUGCCUUGUAAGUUAGGAAAAAGAACUUUUAGUGAUUUUCAAAAUAACAACAAUAAUGAUUUAUUAAAAGACAAUUGCACAAAUAAAUUUCACAUUUCAAGUACUUUUCAAACUACAGAUAUAACAGAUGAAAAUAUUAGCAAAAGGAUAAAAUUAGAAUCUGUAAAUAAUGUAAAAUCACUUAACUUAGAAGAUAGGAGUAUUGAUGAGAGAUCUAAAGUUAAAACUGAUAUAGAAUGGCAAAAUACACAAUUUCAAAGAAAUUUACAAUUAUCUGAAAAACAAAGCAAGUUAUUAAAUGUUGCAAAAGUAGAUAUAGUUUCAGAAUUAGAUAGUUCCUUAAUUGAAAAAGGAAAUCUUAAAAGCCAAAGUAUUCUUCAGACUAUUCCAUUCAGUGAAGAUUUAGGUGAAGGAAAAAGAUUUAAUAAAUCUGAAGUAAAUAACAAUAAUGUGGAGAUGCAAGUGAAACAGAAGCUUUUAUGUCAUCCUUCUAAUAAUAGCACAAUUUCCAAUGUAGAUAUAACGUUGCAUUCAAAAGAAAGAACAUUACAAGAAUCUUUAAGUUUUAACAACAGUGCUUCAGAAGAAUAUAUGAAAGAAUUAUCAUCAGAUAAUUUACUUGACAAUGAAAAUAAAAAUUCAAAUCAGCAUGCAGAUGAAUUACUAGUAAAUAACAAAUUGCUUGGAAAUUUCAAUCAUGAAUUUUCUGUUUAUAAAACUGAAAAUUUACCCUCUUCUGGUAGGUUAAUUGAAAGUUUUCAUUCUAAUGUGUCUUCAGAUCAGAUUUUAAGUGAUUCAUUAACAAAUGAUAAGUUAGAAAAUAUUAAAAAUGAUGAUAAAUUUUCAAAUGUCAGUAGUGAUGAUUUACAUCUAAAAGAUAGAUUAUCUAAAGAUAAUAGCAGUGAAGAAACUAAAACUUUUUCAAAUACAAAUAGUCCAAAUUAUAAAUCCAAUAAUGAAAGUCCAAUGUUUUCAGAUGAAAAUAAAAGUGAAAUCACAGACAAAAUUAAUGAAGAAAAUAAAAAUGAUAAUGUAAGUUAUUUUGAAAAUGAAUUGCAGCAAUCAGUUAAAUUUGAAGAUGUGAAACAAGAAUUAAUAACUUUGAAUGAUUUUAUAGUUGAAGUACAAUCAAAUGAAAAACAUGCAGAAAAUAUUAAUGAAAAUAUCAGUUCUGUUGCUAAAUAUCAUUUACAAUUAGAAAAUAGAAAUGAUGCAAUUUUCAUUAAUAAUGAGAAUAAUGUAAUUUUCAAUGAAACUGAAAUAUUGUCUAAAGAUAAUAAAUUUGAAAUCAAUCAAAGUCUUACAGAAAAUAUAUCUUUAAUACAGAACAAAAAUGAAUCAGUUUCAGCAAUUAAAUUAGAAAAUGUAAAACAGGAAAAUUUCUUUAAAAAUGACCAACAUGAAAACAAAGUAGAUACUUUAUUAUCUGACAUACUAAAUAAAGAUAAUGGUGAUAGUAAGACUGAUAUUUCAUUACAAUAUUCAAGUGAAGUAGAAUUAAGGAAUAAGUUAUUUAAUGAUUUCAAGGAAAAAAAUACAAUUUCUCAUAAUAAUCAAACAAAUGCAUCAGAUUUAUUUGAGUAUUCAAAUCAGUGUGAUUUAUUACUUAAAACAAAUAAUAGUGAUAUAAAUACAACUCAUGAUUUGGUAAUUUCAAUGAAAAAUAUUUGCAAUGAGAAAAAAACAAUAAAUCAAAUAAAAAUGGAUAUUACAGAUUUAAAACCUAAAGAAUUACAGGUUGUUUCAGAAAAGAAUUUGCAAAAUCAAGAAAAUAUAUAUUUUAAAUCUGAUCAAGAUAUAAAUUUUUCUUCACAAAACACAAAAUUAAUAGAUGAUAUAAAAACUGUUUUAUCACAGGAAACAAAUGCAAUUAAAACAGAAAUUAAUACUGACCAAAUUCAAAAUAUGCAAGGAAGUAAGAAAAAUGAUGUGAAAUUAUCAAAAAGUAGUUACUCUGAAGAUACACAAAAUUUAAAAUCAAUAAAGAAAUUAAUAAAAGAAAAGGAAAGGCAUAAUGAAGUUAAUAAUAAACAAGUUAGUCAGAUUAAUAAAGCAGAUGCAGUUUCCUUGUCAAAAGAUAAUUUAUUAAAAGCAUCUCCAAAAAAAUCUUACAAAACAGAUAAAGUUUGCUCAGUUGCAUUGAAUAAUGAAAAUAAAUGGAAUGUUCUAGACAACAAAAAUAAAUCUCCAAUGAAUGUGAGAGAUUUUUCAUCAAAACAGAUGAUAGAGAAAGUUGUACAAGAUAUUUCUCUGAAUUCUACAAAAGUUCUAAAUGAGAAAAAGAGAACUGAUAAAAAUAAAAUUGAUGCAGAAAGUAAAAAUUCUGGAAAAGAUAAACCUGUUAAAAAACUUUUAUGUUCUCGUUGUCAUCAAAAAAUAGUUCCUUUAAGGAAUGUGAGAAUUCAGUGCAAGAAAGAUCAAAAACAGAAACUAACUUCACACAUUAUUACAGGUCAGGGUAUAGCUUUAUCAUUAAAAAUACCGAGAUUGCCCAUUUCUUCAGACUUCAAGCAUCUCAAAUAUGGAAAAUAUAUGAGACUUGAAGUUUAUCCAAAUGGAGGUGCUUCUUCACUUCACCUUUAUUGGGAUGAGAUUGCUCAUUUAAAAGAGAGAGAAAUGGAAGAGUUGGCAAAAGAAUUUCUAAAAGAAACAUUUUAUGAAGAGCCUACUGGUGUUGCUAGAUAUGUGAUGGGCAUUGUACAUAAUGCAGCUCAUUAUCUUCCUGAUUUAUUGGAAUAUUUUUCAUCAAAUUAUCCUGGACUUGUUGUGAAAACUGGUGUGUUAGGAAGACAGUCUGAUAUUGAAACGACUACGAUGGCUAAGUUUUAUGAACUAGUUCAGAAAACAUACAGCAAGGGAACUUACAGAGCUGGUCCCUUGCAUCAGAUCAGUGUAGUAGGAACAGUACAUGAAGAAGUUGGUGAUUAUUUUCCUGAAUUUUUAGACCAAUUAGAAAAAUGCCCAUUUUUAAAACUGACUAUGCCAUGGGGUCAGCUUUCUUCCGUCCAAAUGGAAUCUCCACAAGAAAGUAAUGAUGGACCUAUUGUUUGGAUUAGACCAGGAGAACAACUUGUUCCUACAGCUGACAUGCCUAAAUCACCCUGUAAAAGAAAAAGAAGUGGCUUAAAUGAACUUCGCAAUUUGCAUUAUCUACCUCGAUCAUCAGAACCAAGAGAAAUAAUGUUUGAAGAUAGAACAAAAUGCCAUGCAGAUCAUGUUGGUCAUGGUUUUGAUAGACUUACUACAGCUGCUGUUGGUGUACUUAAGGCUGUACAUUGUGGAGAACAAUAUGCACUUAAUACCAUUUCACAUCAGUCUGUUGCCAUACUACACACCAUAUUUUUAGAUCUUGUGGAAAAAUUACAGCUUGAUUUGCAUGAACCACCUGUUUCUCAAUGUGUUCAGUGGGUAGAGGAUGCAAAGUUAAAUCAGUUGCACAGAGAUGGAAUUCGGUAUGCUCGCAUUCAACUUUGUGAUAAUGACAUUUAUUUUCUUCCACGCAACAUCAUUCAUCAGUUUCGAACUGUCACUGCAGUAACCAGCAUAGCAUGGCAUGUUAGAUUAAAGCAGUAUUUGGAGGUUUAUAAUGAAACAAAGUGUUCAGAUUCUGUGGAAGUUAAAUCGGAAGAUAAUAAUAAUACUUCGGAGCAUUUAGUUAAAAAUUGCAACAAUAAUAGGAUAUUAAAUGAAAAUCUAAUUCCUAACAAAAGAAAUGCUGACAAAUCAAUAUGCAGUAAGUGCCCACCUGUGAAAAAAAGGAAAGAUGACAAAGUGCAUUAUGAGAGAAAGAAUUUGUCUGUUAAGCAUAAGAGAAAAAAUGAAGUAAAAUUAUCCAAAACUUCGAUGGUUUCAAAAGAUGUGAAGAAAUGUAAUAAAAUCAUUCAAGAAAAUAGUGAUAAAGUAAGUGAAAUAAAAUGCAAACCAAAAUCUUCUGAGAAAAAAUUAUCAAAUAUUGAUGGAAAGAAGAAAACUAAGUCUGAUUCAAAUGUGAUUAUAAAAUCUGUUCACAAAUCAGCUAGUGAUUCUGACAAAAGUGAAGUAACAGAGAAGAUUAAACAUAAAGAAAAGACAGAAACCUCGAAACAGAUCAGUUCAAAAGAAUGCACAGAUUGUCAUAUGAAAUCCGAUAAAAAAUUGGGAAAUAAAACUUGUGAGAGAAAAUCCAAGAUACCGUCUGAAAAACAUGUAGAAUUUGAUAAGAAAAAAGAUAAUUUAAUUGAUAAAGGAAAAAAAGAUAAAUGCAGUAGUAACAAAAAGCACAGUUUUAAAAGUGAUCAAAAACAAAAACCAAAGGAUGGAAAUAUUAAAAGUAGUAAACUGAAUCAUCAUAAAAAAUUGUUAGAAAAAAGAGAGGUGGUUGAUGCAAAAGACAGUAACAUUUCCGAUAUUCACAAAAAUUUGCCUUAUAUCAUGAUAGAAAAUGUUGAAAAAACUAUUACAACAGACAUUUGCAGCACAAAAAGUCAAGGAGUGAAUCCAUGUGGAAAAAAUCUGAGUGAUUUUCAGAGCAUAGAAAGUGAUUGCAAAAUAAUACAACAAAAUUUAGACACUUUUUCACAUUCAUUUAUAUCCAACAAAGAAAUAUCAACAAAAUGCAAAAGUUGUCCUACAUCAAAAUGUACACAUCAUACUGAUAACACAAAAAGCAAAGAGUGUACUUCACAAACUGAAGUUGUCUCUAAGAGUGCUGACUACGUAGACGAAUACUCAGAAAAGAAAUCCAAAGAGGAUGAGAGUAGUGUAUCAACACGUUCUAAUAUCAGUGAUUUAAAUAGUGAUAUUAUUGAAUUAUGUAACAAUCUCGUAGAAAGUGUCCACAGUGAGAAGCUCACCAUUGACAACUGUAAAAAUUCGCAAGAGACUGUUAAGAACUAUAAUGUACAGAAUGAAAACAAGGACAGCAAUACAGAUAAUCCAUCCUGUAUAAACUUUUUUUCUCAUGUAGAAAAUGAACUGAUUGUACAAAAUGAUUUUGAACAAAGUAAUUGCUAGCAAGAGCCAAUCAUUAUUAUGAAAUAAUAAUUCAGAAAAAGUUAUUAAAAAAAAAUUAAAAAAGGAUAAAUUUUCAUGUAAAGAAAUGGUAUUUUCAUUUUAACUCUAAAAGAACUAUUGUAGAUUUACUUGUUUUCAGCAAAGGUUUGAGAAUUAUAUUGUAUAUCAACAAAUUCACCAUUUUAUCACACAUCAUAUAUACAUUUUUUAUGUGUUUUCCUCCAUAAUUACAAAUCCAAAAAAAAAAA